GCUGCUGCAGCAACAGCUACAUCAGUGUGCUGCUGUCAUGUGUUGUUACAGACGGGUUCUUCUAACUUUGUGAGGCGCUGCUGUGAUGGUUCACUGAUGCAAACCAAGGAAAACAGGAAUUCAGGAUGUGGGCCUUUAUAAUUCUUUAUAUCCUGGGACUCAACGUCUGUCAGGCUAGCGGAGAAGGCAAUUCAACACAAAUGCAUUAUGUCAAACUGACCAUAGAGGAAAGUGUAAUCGCAAACAUAACUGAGAUUCUGAAAGCUUUUGUGGUUGACAACACCCUGGUUGGCAACUUGACAAAGACAACAAUCUGUCAGAACGUCUCGGCUGGCACACUCUGUAGCUGCGAGCCAGGCUUCAUAUGGAGCAAUAAAGUUUGUCAAUCUAAUCAGAAAUGUUGCAGCAACAAGAAUUGCACCUUCACCAACAUCCCGACUCCCAUGUGUGUUUUGAACAAUGCAGUUACCAUCACUGGAUCAAUUGUUUUAAACGUUCAGUAUCAGAAUUGUCUGAAAGAUAAAACCUCUCAGGAAUACCAGAACUGUGACAGCAAACUGGUUCGAGAGAUGAAAACAGUGUUCAGCACUUUGACAGGAUUUGAUAUCUUAACAAUAAGAAAUUACAGGGUUGGAAGCAUCAUUGCAGAUUUUGAAAUGACCAUUGCUUACAGUGUCAAACAAGGAGAUCUGAUUAAAACAUUACUCCUCCUGAGCAGAAAUCUGUCAGCAUCUCUUAAUUUGGAGACUAAAGGUUUUGUCCAUUUAAGCAUGCCGCCUAGCCCUGUAUGCUACAGCUGCCACCCCAACCUCACAUGCACAUCAGAGGAGGACCUGGAAGUCCCACCGCUGUGGAACUUGACAAGCAACGGCGUAGUAGUUAAUAUAUUCAAUGGCACAGAGUCAGAGGUGACAUCAGCACCAACGACGACCAGUGUCAUUCUUAAACAAUUAUCAGAUCGUUGGGAAGGAGAGUACUCAUGUAGCUAUACUCAAACAUCAGACUCAAACAUCAUAAUUCACAAAGCCAGUGCUGUAAUGGACAUAGCCCUCCUGCCAAACAUUGCCAGCACCACAUCACCAGAAUUUCCACGCUGCCAAAAAGGUUCCGAUUUUGUGAACGUAAGAGUCAACUGUGACGUAGGGAGCAACAACCAGGAAAAUUAUACUGUGACGUGGACAGGCAAAGGACUGUUUACAGCUAUAACACCUUCUGGUCCUUCUGGAGGUGUUUAUUCAGGUGAUACAAUUGUAAGCUGUAAAUCCACGAAUGGGAGCAAACCACAACUAACAUGCACUUUUAAUAACACGUGCAAUGAACAGCAAAACGCUUCAACUGAUGUCAACAUCAUAUAUGAAUCUGAUAUAUUCUGUGCAGCUGAAGGGGAUUGGAAAGACACCAAAGCUGGCUACACUGCACACUUAAAAUGCCUGAACGCGGCUGGACAAAGACAAAGGAAAUGCUCUGCAGACGGGAAAUGGGAAACAGAGGUUGCACAAUGUGUGAACCUGGACGUGAACCGUGCGCUGGAGCAAGCAUACAUCGUCGACGUCGGACUUGGCUCACUAGAUAAAAAUGUAGCAAACGUAUUUUUCCUCCUUGGGAAUAUCACUAAUAACUUACAGGCUAUCAACACUUACGCCAACAUGAAUGCAUCAAUUCAAGUACUCCUCAGUUUGAGUCAAAAGCCUAUCAGCAUAACUGAGGAAUCAGCAAUAAAUAACUUUCUGGAGUCAUCCAGCAAUUUGCUGGAAAAGUCUCUUAAGGAAUCAUGGACGAAGGCUGGCCAAAGCAAUAGUUCAUUGGCUGAGAGCUAUCUGAGUUCUGUUGAGCAAUUGAUUCAGAAGGCGAACAUAACACAGGGCAAAGACAAAAAGAAUAUAGAGGUAGAGGCAUCCGAUUGCACACAGGGGUCACAGUGUAGCAACAUGGUGUUCAAUGUCACCAUCGAGCUUGAUAGCCAACACCCUGGCAGUGUAAAAACAGCUGGGUUUCAAGAACUGCAGAACUAUUUGCCCGAGAAAGGGGACUUUGAGCCUAACAGCAUCGUUGUGUCAACAACAAUGACAACUUCUGAAAGUAAGCUAUUGGAAUCAGUUAAUGUUAAAAUCAACUUUCAAUUGCUAAAGCCUAGGCCUCGGGAUGUUCAAAUAAAGUGUGUCUCAUGGGACAAUACCACCAGAAGUUGGUCAGAAAAGGGCUGUGAAUGGCUGGGUUCUUCUAAAGAAGGAAGUUGUACUUGCACACAUUUGUCCACAUUUGCCAUUCUAAUGUCAAGGUAUCCCGUAAACAUUACUGGGCUAGAAGAGGUGACCUAUGUCGGACUGUCUGUAUCAGUUGUGUCACUCAUUUUCAGCAUGGCAAUAGAACUGACUGUCUGGAGUGCUGUAGUUAAGACCAUUAGUUCAUAUUUACGCCAUACUGCCCACAUACACAUUGCUUUAUGUUUGCUAAUUGCAGAUUGCUGUUUUUUAGCAUCUUCUAAUCCAAAAGAUCUUCCAGAAAUGUGGUGCAAGGUCUUUGUGGUGUUGAAGCAUUUCUGUUACCUGUCCAUGUUCUUUUGGAUGUUGUGUCUGAGCAGCAUGCUUCUUCACAAAACCGUUUUUCCGCUCCAUCAUAUGAGCAAAAAUGCCUACAUGAGAUUCUUUCUAUUCCUGGGCUAUGUGUGUCCGUUGCUGAUUGUUGUUAUCACGUUUCUUUGCUAUAAUACUGGUGCUAAAGACGUGUACUUUUCCAGUGAUACCUGUUGGCUGCGUUAUAGUGGACUUUUGAAAGGGUCCAUCCAUACCUUUGUCAUACCGGUCGGUAUAAUUGUCUUCUUCAACGUGUUCUCCAUGAUAGUGGUAAUCAUGAAGCUUUUGGAUCACCCUAUAAAUACAGACAAAUCCAAUGAAAAUGAUAAUGAAAAAAAGGCUGCCAAAACUGCCAUGAGGUCAGUUAUUCUUCUGACUCCAAUCUUCGGUGUGACUUGGAUUUUCGGGUUUGCUGUCAUGCUGAUUGACCUCACAGCUGGAACCGUGGCCUUUGCAGUCAAUUAUAUCUUCACCCUGCUGAACGCAUUCCAGGGUUUGUUCAUUUUGUUAACCACGUGCCUGGGGGACAAACUGAUCCGUGAAGCACUGCUGAAUCGUCUCAGGAAAAAUGAUCCAGCAUCAACUACUGACAGCUCCACGAAGUUAGACUCCACUUGGAAGCAGUGAUCAUACCAAACGUGCACUCUUACAGCAAAACAAACAAACUACAUUUUGCACAUAAAACCACAGAUAAUAGCUUAAACGGGAACACCAUCUAAAUUAAGAAUUCCAAUAUGCUAUUUCCAUGACAUAGGAAAGUUUUAUCAAUGUUUGUGAACGUGAUCGACUCUCUCAAAAAGCCAGAAACCAGAGAAGUAAAGCUGGAUUUAUGGCCCUGCGGAGGUGUGGCCUGGAGUUUAUA